UUUUUUUUUGGUUUUAUUUAUGGCGCUGCCAGUCGGAACAUGCUUGCCAUUGUGCUUGAGAACUUAAUACUGCAAUUUAGAGUGAGCAAGUGAGGAGGCUCGCUCCUCUCCUGCAAGGACAACCAGCAGCACCAAAAUAUCUCUGCGAUGCCAGGACGGCGACGCGCUUUUGGAAGUGUGUUAAGAAUAGACCCACAAUGGGGCUCGCUCCUGUCUUCCGUGGUCUGAGGACAGACGGUUGUCUGCAGGGGACCGAGCAAGAGGUAAGACGGGCAGUAUCUACUUGGUUUCAGAGACCCGAGUGGAUCGGGCUGGAUUUUCCAAGAAGGACCUAACUGCAUCUCUAUCGAGUGUCAGACUGCCACUGGAAACCUUGUGAGCGGCCACCUGGGGGUUAUUAUGCUACUGGAAACAACUGUGGCCCUGGCUUGAGAGGGUGUAUGUGGAAGGAAUAGUGGCUGGAUAGGGAGCGAGGUGCUGGCUUCGUUUACCCUGUAGCCCGGGACUGGAGGUGGGAGCAUGGCAGGACCCAGUGCCUCCGGGAUCAUCUUCAUCUCCGUCAAUCACAGCAUCACUUUGAUGGGAAAAGUGUGGCUCAUCGUGAUGAUCCUCCUCCGCAUCUUGCUGCUCCUCCUUGCUGGUUACCCUCUCUACCAGGACGAGCAGGAGCGAUUCGUGUGCAACACCAUUCAGCCCGGUUGCGCCAACGUGUGCUACGAUCUGUUUUCUCCCAUCUCCCUGUUCCGAUUCUGGCUGGUGCAGCUCGUCACCUUGUGUCUGCCCUUCCUCAUCUUUGUCGUCUACGUGGUCCAUAAGGUGGCCAAUGGCCUCACUGUGGACCUGAACUCCUCUGGCCACGUCAGAGACAUGCCACUGUUAAAGACCCACCAGGAGCCAUUCAGCAAGACGAACGGCAACGAGAUGCCUCAGGUACCUGAGCGAAGUUUGGCCCGGCACUUCACGGGAGCAUACAUCCUACAUCUGAUGCUUAGGACUUUGCUGGAGGCAGGGUUUGGAGCAGCUCACUAUUAUCUGUUUGGUCUCUACGUCCCCAGGAGGUUCCUGUGCCAGCAUCCACCGUGCACCACCCAGGUCGACUGCUACAUCUCCAGGCCCACUGAGAAGACUUUGAUGCUCAACUUCAUGCUUGGUGUGGCCGCUCUGUCCCUUUUCCUAAACGUGUUGGAUUUCAUCUGCGCAAUCAAGCGCUCGGUGAGGCAGAAGAGCAAGAAGAAGAUGUCGCUGGAGAAACUAUAUGAGGAAGAGCAAGGCUUCCUAUCGUGCGGGGGGGCUUCUAAGGGAAAGGACAAACAUGCCUCCUUGGCUCUGCAGGAUUUAGAGGGGGAAGCAGGUCAGUCAGGGGGGUUCCGGAAGAGGCGAGGAAGCGGAGGGGGAAUGCUUGCUUUAAGUCAGGAUCCAUCUUGUCUGGAGCACUCCUCUCUCCCACUCGCUCCAGGACCCCCAGGUUGCAACACAAACGGGAACAAUGGCUAUUCUGUUUGCCCAGAGGAGGCUCUGGAAAGGAAUGGCAGUGAGGCGGCUCUCUGUCCCCCAGAGCCGAUGGGAACACCCAGAUCCAUCCGUGUUAGCAAACGCAAUCGACUCAAACCGCCACCUCCUCCCAGACGGGACCUUGGGUUGCCCCCUGCGGCAUCAGCAGGGACAACCGGGGAGGUUUCCACAGCAGCAGCAACCAGUAUUAGAAGGGUGGGUCAGUAUACGCUGGUGGAGCUGGGCAGCGGCGCAGAGCUACAGGCCAAUGAUGAUGGACAGGACAAAAGAUCAGAGUGGGUUUGACUACUUUAUUUCAAGGUCACUUUGAAACGUAAGAGUGAGGCAAAUGGGUGUGACAGCAAUAUGAGAAACAGACUGCGAUGCCCCGAGGUUUACACAGUGGCAGCAACUGUUGGAGCUGACAUCCUGCCACGCUCUCUACCUCGUUUUACAACAGACUGCACUGUCACUCAAGGAGAAUCCAGAACAGCAGUACGUUCAUCACGUUUGCUGUUUGCUUUUUUUUUUUAUCAUGCCAUUUUAUCACAUUGCCUUCGAGGAGCAUGCCUUUUCCAGCUCAGUGGAUACAAAGCGACAAGAAUUCAAGUCAUGAAUUCAAAACCUCUUGACGAAACAAGUCAGGAAUGACCGGACACUCUUGCCUGAAGUGUCCCUGAGCAAAUCCCAACCUUGAGAAAAUCUAAAAGAGUGCAGUCCACCUGUUUCUUCUUCCCUUUUUGGCUUCACCCCACCUACAAUGACAGACUGUACAUAAACAAAGGCAGGCCUUGACUUGUUCCACAGACACAAACACCCGCCCCUACCAUUGUCAUUCUAUACGAUACAACCAAAGACCCUCUCUGUUGUGUGUAGGUCACGGGGGUUAAAGUGGAUGCAGGUAGCCCUUGGGCCCAGUGCUUGGAUAUUUGGGUGACCUUCUGGAAGAAGAAGGUUGGGCUCAAAUGAAAGACAAUCGUCUUGCUUAAGGUGCUGUAACUGGGCUCAAAGAAAAGAACAGGAUUCCUCUGUCAGAAGUGAAGGACACUGAAGUCCCUCAAAGCCCACAUAGGCUAACAAAGCAAUUAUGCCCCCCCAUAGGGGCUCUGUAUUUAUGGAGACGGCUUGUCACGCUAUUUCAGGGCCUCGUGGGGCUUAGGAGGAAUACAAGCCUGUGCAUACACACUGACACUAGAAAUAGAGCACAGCGGAGCUCUGCAAAGGAGCAGCGUUGUCUGUUGCCCUUCGGGAUAUCCCCACCCUGCCUGCUGAUGGCUUUGGUUUCGCCUUGAUCAAAGCUCAAUUGCUCAUGUGGAUGCUGCACCUGCAUCGCACUGACCCAUGUCAAUCAUAGAUGCUAUGAUGGCAAUAAAACCAUUUUCCUUGGCUUCCAGGUUUUUUCGACAGCGGUGUAAGCCCCUUUUCUGAACAUCCUAGCCCAGGACUGUGACACACUCCCACCGUAAAUCAGCAACAUCACCAUAGGACUGUCGCUCAAUAGCUGAGGGGGCCGGUCUUUGUGUAAACGGAUAGCUUUUGAUCCUUCUCCUCUUGUGGGCCCUUUGAAGCAGACAAAAAGCUCCCGGCGUCAGUCUCUCACACCCAUCCACAGAGCUCUGCAGCCUGGAGACCAGGAGGCUUUCAUCGGACCACAGCAGGUCUGACGGUGCCACGCCUCCUCCAUACACCCAGUGUUUAAUGUAAACGUAAUGACCCUGGAAAAGAGAUGACGUACAACCACUUUCACCCAAGCUGGACUCAGUUACACUUGUUGAUUACUGGUGUUCUGCCCUCUAAUGCCUGGGUAUAUUGUUAAACCACCUGGGGAUGAUCUUAAUCUAAAUUUUAUUUUUCAUCAUUUUCAUCAGGUGCCAAUUAUCCUGUAAAUGACAAUGUUGAUGAUAUAAUGUUGAACAAUCUGUGUUGUUUUACACACUUAUAUCGCUAUUUAUACGUACACAUUUUGUAUAAUUUCCCAUCUUUCAUAUCAAAUGAUGGUUUUUGUUUGAUUUCUUGUUUUUUAAUGUUUUGCACUGACUCUCUAAUGUAAAGUCAUCCUUGUAUGUGUAAUAGUUAUGGCUGUUCAUCAGUAUCACUGAUAUUACAUAAACUACUGGGACAUAUAAGAUUACAUUAUUUCUUUAAAGCACUUUAUUGUAACUGUUCUUGUUUGGGCCAGUCCGUUGUGCUGUGGUCUCUUCAUCAGUACUGUAGUUUGAAAUGUUGCUGCCCUCCAGUGAUGCAAACUGUGAAAUGCUGCCAUGUGGAAUCCAAAACUUGAAAUUGUUGGAUCUGGUGUUGUGAUUAAUGACUUUUAAUAUGUGAAUAUUUUUAUCUUCCUAAAACUUGUGAUAUUUAAAAAAAAAUGUAUGAAUAUUUCAUUUGUGGGAAAAAUUGUUGUUGUUGUUAAAACAUUUUAAGGUUUCCUACUUUUGUUUAUUUCUGGCCACGCCAAUGUAAUAUUCACCACAACAGUAGCUGUGGCACUUCAUUGCUUUAGAGGUUUCUUGGUGCUUUGGGAUGUUAAAAUGCAGAUAUACAAGUCCUACUGACAAGCUGGGCGCGUUUAUCCUGCUGAAGGGACCUGGGGAAUAUUGAACUGUGGACCCCAUUCAAGGCCCCCAGGGGUCCAUGUCACUGGUGACAUUUUCAACAUCAAACCCCAUUUUGUUACUAACCUUACCCAAGUCUUUGAGUGUCUAUAAUAAUAAUAAAAAGGUUAAAUCAGACGUCAAUGAAUGUGAGGGGAUAUUUAUGUUGCAGAUGUGCAAACUGUAAAAGAAAAGAAGUAAUGUUUCCUGAUUUUGUUGAAUUAAAAAUGUCAUUCAG